UUAAAGGAGAGACACAAACUAAAGUAUCGAUCCAGUCACAUCAGUGUGGAUCUGAUACCAGCGUCUGUAUCGCUUCUUUCGAUGCUUGUAUCGAUCUGCCCAGCCCCAGUUGAAGCAGCAAUGAGUUCCGUUCAGUAUCUGAGAGAGUUCAUCAAGGAGAGAAUAACUGCUGUUUGUGAAGAAAUCUUCUUAGAAAUUCAAAAAACCAUCGUCCAGUAUGAGGAGGAGACCAACCGUCAGCACAGACUGCUGGAUAUCAGCCGGAAACCCGACAGAAACUCACACAUCAUAGACCUCACACAACAAAAUGAUUGUAAUGAAGAGGAGGGUCUGGAUGAGCAGCAGGUCUGUAACCAGGAGAGUAACUCCAGUCUGGACCAGGAGGACCCAGAGCCUCCACAGGUUAAAGAGAAACAAGAGGAACUCUGCAGCAGUCAGGAGGGGGAGCAGCUUGGACUGAAGCAGGAGGCUAAAGGCAUUAUCGUCUGGACUGAUGAAGAGCAGCUCAAACUGCUGGAGACCAUCUGGAAAUCUGAGAUAAAGUUACACAGAAUAGAUAUCCUACAGCAGCAUGCUUUUGAGGAAGAGAAGGUUCUUACAGACCGGGAGCUCUGUAACCAGGACAGGAACUCCAGUCUGGACCAGGAGGACCCAGAGCCUCCACAGAUGAAAGAGGAACAGGAGAAACUCUGCAACAGUAAGGAGGGAGGGCAGCUUGGACUGAAUCAGGAGGUUGAUACUUUGAUGGUGACACCUGCUUAUGAGGAAAGUUCCCACAGUGAACCAGAACCAAACAGUGAGCAGCUCCUUCCUCACAGCUCUCCUGAAGCAGAGAGCCGAGAUCAUGAAGAAAAUUGGCAUGUGGACUCAGGAUCUAUGAGAAAUGCAGAGCUGAAGAAGAGAUGUCACAGGAAGAGAAGAGACAGUCAGAAAGCAGACAAUACUCCUGUGUCUGCGAGUCAAAGUAGAACAUACACAAAGAAAAAGCCUGUACAAUAUGACAUGUGUGGAAAACCGUAUUCUUGUUGCACCUUUGGGAAAGGAUUUGCUUACUUAUCAGUGUUCAAAAAACACACAAGAAUUCACACAGCGGACGUCCUGCAGGAUCUCUCUCCACCCAACCAACAUGGAAUCUACUCCCAUUAG